AUGGAAUCGACAAUGUUUAUCAAACUAUCUAAUAGUAAUACUGUGUUCAUAUGGAGUUGGGAUGUUAUCGCUCUGAAAUUGAUGAUGGUUGACUGUUCCCAACUUCCAUACGAUAUUAUUCGGCUGAUUGCAAUUAGAUUGCAUGCUGUUGAAGAUUUUCUUUCAUUUUCUUUUGUGUGUCACUCAUGGAGAUCAUUUUAUUUGACCAAAAGCUGGACUCCCGGUCCUCAGAUUCCAUGGUUAAUGCUCUCCGAUAAUGAAAACAGUGACAUCAGGAGUUUCUUUAGUUUAUAUAAGAACAAGGUUUAUGAAUUAGAACUACCUGAAGCUCGUGGUAGGCGGUGUUGGGGGUCACCUCAUGGAUGGAUUGUUAUCAUAGGAAGUGAUCUUGAAAUUCAUCUUUUGAACCCUUUUUCUAGGGCUUGUAUCAAUCUCCCACCACAGUCUACAUUUGAUAGCCAAUUUGAUUUUCAUAGUGCAUGGUAUAAAUUCAUAGACAAAGCAAUUAUAAUUAAGAAGUCAAAUGAAUCGCAUACAAUCGAAGAAGAAUUUCUGGUUAUGGUUAUUUAUGGUCCUCAUCAAGAUUUAGCUUUUUCAAGGCCAGGAUACAGUUCUUGGGUUAAUGUCGAAGCUAUUUUAGAUUCAUAG